AUGGCGCGCCUUGUGAAGAAUACGACGCUCGAGAAUGUCGCGCAGUUUUUGGAGAUGAUCGCGCCAAAAUCGCUGGCAGGGUCGUGGGAUAAUGUCGGGCUGCUGGCCCAGGCGCCCACGCCGUGCGAAGGCAACGGCGUUUUUCUCGCAGUGGACCUUACGACCGAGGUGGCCGACGAGCUGCUCUCGCUGCGGAGCAUGAAUACGGCCAUCAUUUACCACCCGGUCAUCUUUAGUCCAGUACGCUCACUGAAACUGGCUGUGCCGCUGCAGCAGUCCGUGCUGCGAUGCAUUGCCGCCGGCGUGAGCAUUUACUGCCCACAUACCUGCCUCGACGCCAUGGACGGUGGGAUUAAUGACUGGCUUGUCGUGGGGCUCGCAUAUCCCUGGGAGGACGGCGCACCGCAAGAAGGUGAGAUUGUCGCCCUGCUCAAAGGUGGAUCAAACAGCAAGCCCGUGGAGCCAUGCAGCGCGCCGCGCACGCCGACAGAAGGACUUGGCCGCGUCAAACAGCUUGCGCGCACUUGCACACUGGCAGAUAUGGUCUCACGCACAAAACAGUUUCUCGGCUUGCAACAUGUACAGAUUGCGCUUGCUGACGGGAAGAACAUGUCGAGCACUUUGGGUAGUUUUGCGACGUGUGCGGGAUCGGGUGCCUCGGUGUUGCGCGCGUGCACAGACGUGGAUGUAUGGAUUACAGGCGAGGCAUCGCACCACGAGAUCCUCGCGGCGAAUGCACAGGGUGUGUCGCUGAUCAUAACGAAUCAUACUAACACCGAACGGCGCUUUUUCCGUGACGUGUUUGCACCGCUGCUGCGCGACCAACUGCCAGCACUGCAAGUGCACGUCUCGGACAAAGAUCGCGACCCAUUGAUGACGGUGUGA